AUGCCGGGCAUGGACGUGGACCCGGACCCCAAAUGUUGGGGGGGUCACUGGGAGCCCGGCGGGGUGGAGAGCGCGACGGUGACGGAGAUGUACUGGAAGAGCAGCGCGGAGCCGCUGAUGUGCUGCGCGGAAGCCGGCGAGAGGCGGGCAGGCAGUGCGUGUUUGAGAGAGUUGAAAGCGAUGUCGGCGAUGUCGGCUCCGUCGGAAGCUGUCUUCAUACGAGGAGGUCGGAACCCCAGGGGCGCCUGCAGCUCGACUGGUUCCGACCAAGUGGCCCAGGACGACCACGGCUCACCCGCCUCGACUUCUCCGUCUCCGCAGCCGGCUGCCGUCCCCCGAUCCGGCCGGAACGUCUGCAGCAGCUGCGGACUGGAGAUCGUGGACCGCUAUUUGCUGAAGGUGAAUGAGCUGUGUUGGCAUGUCCGAUGUCUGGCUUGCAGUGUAUGUAGAACUUCCCUGGGUAGACAUAUCAGUUGCUACAUCAAGGAUCAAGAGAUAUUUUGCAAACUGGAUUAUUUCAGGCGUUACGGCACCCGGUGCGCUCGCUGCGGCCGGCACAUCCACGCGACGGACUGGGUCCGACGAGCCAAGGGCAAUGUUUACCACUUGGCGUGCUUUGCUUGCUUCUCCUGCAAGCGGCAGUUGUCCACAGGCGAGGAGUUUGCUCUAGUGGAGGAGAAGGUGGUUUGUCGGAUACACUAUGACUGCAUGCUGGACAAUCUCAACAAUGGACGUGGACUCAGUACGGAAGGAGAAGCAUCGACAGAACAGGAGCUGAAUCGGUCCAAACCAACCAAACGAGCUCGAACCAGUUUCACGGCAGACCAGCUUCAGAUAAUGCAAGCACAGUUUUCACAAGACAAUAAUCCUGAUGCACAGACACUUCAGAAGCUAGCAGACCGGACUGGGUUAAGCCGCCGAGUUAUACAGGUUUGGUUUCAGAACUGUAGAGCUCGUCACAAAAAGCACGUGGGUCCCACUCAGCUGUCGGCUGCCACCAUGACUACUGUGCACCAGGAGAACAUCUCUCAACCUGUGCUGGAUGAAAUGGCUUACAGAGCAUAUGUCACCCCAGAUGGGCAGAUGUUGACCAGCCUGCACACCUACAUGGAUGUGCAGCCACCGUCACUGGGGCUCCAAACUCUUGCCUCUCAUGUGAUGACAGAGUUGCCCACAGGUCAUGCGUGA